CGAGCGGAGACCAGCAGACAGCAACUUGGCUGAGUCUGUGGCACUGUGGCUCCGCUCCACCACACAGCAGCGGCAGCCCAUGAGCUUGGCACCAGCCGGGAAAGUGUUUUCAUGUAGGCGUUCCCAAGCACUGCCACUCUCUUCCUUGGGACUGAAGGAAAGAAAGCGGGAGGGAGGAGGAGAGGAAGGGGGAGAGGAGGGAUGCAGGAGCACACCUUACCCUCUUUACAAGGCACAUCCUCAGAACACACCAUUAGAAACCACCACUGCACCACCACCACCAGCACCACCCACACUGUCCAAGCAGCACUCAGCUCCAACACUGCCCCUGGACUGCAGGAUGAGGAUCUGGUCAGGGGCCCAGUAUGUGGAGAGCAGUCUGAUGCUGCUUGGUCUUGUAACGCUGGCUCUGUCUCUGGGCAAUCUCUCAAGUAGAGGACAGGAAGAGGGUGUUGCCUCUAACAGUCUAGAGGACGGGCUGGAGGUGAUCACGUACUGGUGGGGAGAAUGGACAAAAUGGACCGCCUGCACUCGUACCUGUGGAGGAGGCGUCAUGUCACAGGAGAGACACUGUCUACAGCAAAGAAAGAAAACAACAACCGGUAAAGACAACAUGACGUGCACAGGCAAUGCAAAGAAGUAUCAUCUCUGCAAUGCAAAGGAAUGUCCUUCUACAGGAAGGAGCUUCAGAGAAGAGCAGUGCUGGUCAUUCAACUCUCAGGUUUACAAUGGAAAAAAUUACCACUGGAAACCUCUCUAUCCUGAUGACUACGUUCAUAUCUCCAGUAAUCCAUGUGACUUGCAUUGCACCACCUCUGAUGGUCAAAGACAGUUGAUGGUACCUGCACGUGAUGGAACAUCUUGCAAGUACAGCAACUACAGGGGCGUGUGUGUCAAUGGGAGAUGUGAACCCAUUGGAUGUGAUGGUGUCCUCUUCUCCCCCAACACUCUGGAUAAGUGUGGCGUGUGUCAGGGAGAUGGGAGCAGCUGCAGUCGCAUUACUGGGAACUUUCGCCGUGGGGCUUCUAGUCUGGGCUAUUCUUUCAUAACUCAAAUCCCAGAAGGAUCAUGGGACAUCCAGAUUAUAGAGAGAAAGAAGUCUGCAGAUAUCCUGGCUGUGACUGACCAAGCAGGCAACUUUUUCUUCAACGGAGCAUAUAAAGUGGACACCCCUCAGAACUUCCAUGCAGCAGGGACCAUUUUCAAAUACCGGCGGCCUACUGAUGUGUAUGAGACGGGGAUCGAGUACAUCGUGGCAAAAGGGCCCAUCGAUCAGCCCAUCAAUGUUCUGGUCUGGAACCAAAAUGGCCAAAAUCCUUAUAUCACCUAUGAGUACACAGUGAUGAGGGACUCUAUGGCUUCUGUCCCCCAGCCCCCCAUUUACACGGGCCCCCAAGGAGGAUCCAGUCUGGUGUCUGUGGAGAUUGGGAGUGUUUUAAAUCUUAAUGAGAGUGUGUAUGAUAAGACAAGCACUGGGCCACGAGCUGUGGAAGGACAAAAGCCUGGCCAGGAAACCAAUGAAGUGUAUGAGACGGCUAACAUUGACUGUCAGCAGGAUGCUAACACACAAGUCCAGUAUACAGAGGGGAACUGCAGCUGGCCCAGCGGAGUAGGAGCCCCUGUCGUAGCACCAAUCAGCAGACCUGCUGAGGACAUGGUAAACUCUGAGAACCUCAUCUGGAGAGUGCUGCUGGGAGAGCGGAUUGGCUCAGAUGGUGUUCUUGCGAACAUCUCAACCAAUCAGCUUCUUACUCGUAGAGAUGGCUUGUCCUCUGAAGGCCCACUGGAGUUAGACUACAGCAGUCUUGAGCAAGCGGGUCUUAAUGGCUCACUGCUUGAGUUCUCCCUCGGGCAACGGCGAAAUGACACAGGGGACUUCCUGCUCCUAAACAGAACUGUUGCAACCAUUUUACGCAAUCGCAGCAAUCGCACCAGGAAUAACCAAAGGCUCCUUCAGAAGAACAAACUGAGCGCUGCUGACAUGUACCGCUGGAAGUUGUCCUCACAGGAGCCCUGCAGUAUGACCUGCUCGAUAGGUGUGUCGAAAUCACUUGCCAUGUGUGUGCGGUAUGACGGCAUUGAAGUGGAUGAUGUCUAUUGUGAUGCUUUGACUCGACCAGAGCCAGUUCAUGAUUUCUGCAUUGGCAGAGAAUGCCAACCCAGAUGGGAGGCAAGCAGCUGGAGUGAGUGUUCUCGAACAUGUGGAGAAGGUUUCCAGUUUCGUCUUGUGCGUUGCUGGAAGAUGCUGGCUCCCGGUCUAGACAGCUCUGUGUACAGUGACCUCUGUAUUGAGGCACAGCUAGAGCGCCCCCCAGAGCGCCGGGCCUGUAAAAGCCCCACUUGUGGUCCUCAGUGGGAGGUAGCCGAGUGGUCAGAGUGUCCAGCUAAAUGUGGUCACAGGGCUCUGGUUACGCGAGAGGUCAGAUGCUCAGAUGAAACCCAUGCAUGUGAUGAGGCAACUCGCCCAGCAUCUACCAAAAACUGCACCGGCCCUCCAUGUGAGCGCCAGUGGACCGCGUCUGAGUGGGGACCGUGUUCAGGCGUCUGUGGGCAUGGAAAAACAGUGCGGCAUGUGUACUGCAAAACACCAGAGGGCCGAGUGGUACCUGAGUCUCAGUGCUCACCUGAGAAUAAACCUCUGGCCAUCCAUCCCUGCGGAGACAACGAAUGCCCUCCGCACUGGCUGGCCCAAGACUGGGAGAGGUGCAACACAACAUGUGGACGCGGUGUGAAGAGAAGGACCGUGCUGUGUGUCAGCAUCACGGGUGGGAAGGUCCAGAUCAACGAGGACGAGGAAUGUGACAGCAGCAAGCGACCAGUAGAUGAGGACACCUGCUUUGAGAGGCCUUGCUUCAAGUGGUACACAACGCCAUGGUCUGAGUGCACCAAGACUUGUGGGGUCGGUGUGCGAAUGAGAGAUGUGAAGUGUUAUCAGGGAAGAGAGCUUGUUCGUGGAUGCGACCCUUUGACCAAACCUGUUAACAAGCAGACCUGUGCACUCCAGCCCUGCCCCACCGAACCUCCAGAUGAAAACUGCCAGGAUCGUCCCACCACCAACUGCUCACUGGCUCUGAAGGUGAAUCUGUGCAGUCACUGGUAUUACAGCAAGGCCUGUUGCCAUUCUUGCCGUAAUCUUCGAGCUUCCUAGCAAGUCUCCACCGCUCAAGUUUUCAUCUGUUCAUGUCAUCUGCAAUGUGCUUGUUCGAGGAUUGCAGCAAGGGAAGUUUGAUUCAGUAUUUGUUUAUAUCUUAAGCUAGCUCCAUAAAACUGCAUUACUGUCAGCAUUACAAAAAUGAUACCUACUUCAUGACAAUGUCCUGUGAUUGUGGGAUACAGUAAGGAAAUAUUAAAUUAUUUGAUUAUUGCUCAGAGGAUUAUAUUGCAUGUCUUAAAAGUAUUUAUUAUUCGUCAGGUUUUAUUGGACAUUUAUUAUCUGGCAGUGGCAGAGGUCGAUACUGAAUGUUACCUCUGGCUGAAGAUGGCUGAUUUAGUACUGUACAUCCAAACACAGGCUGAGCCUCAAGCCACUGCUGGCUUUGACGCUCUACUGUUUACUUUAUCCGGUUGAACUAUUGCUAGGCCUAGGCUUAUGUUAAUUUAUUGGUCACAGCAGUAGUUUUAUUGGGUCCUCUCAUUCCGUAUGCAUCCGAUUCAUUCAUUUUUGUAUUUCAUUCAUUUGAUUUUUGAUUGACAAUGGAUUUAGCAGAGCUUGAAGUACCCAAGUCAUUUGAUCCUUGUCAUUGAGUGAGUCCUGACACUUGAACGUGCUAUAGUUGAAAAUGUAUCUGAUUCAUGUAUUGUUUCACUAAGACACACUAAACCUAAUGCAUUGUACUACCUUACCUCAAGUACAAAAGGCAAUCAAAUGUAAGUCAUUUGAUUUUCUUGUAGAAAAACUUUUUUGUACCUCUCAAAAUAUUAUAAAAAAAUAAAUAUUAUA